AGAAAUGGACUAGUAUGGAAUCUGAAUGUGUGCAUAAUGGAAGCAACAGCAGCAGAUAUAAUAUUAGGAACAAAUUUCCUAAUCAAAUAUGGAGCAAUGUUAGACCUCCCCAGACAGCAACUGAUUCUAACCAAGACAAAAGAGUACCAAGAAGUCAUAUCAUUAGUCAAGAAGAAACAGUUACAAAUAAGGACAGUGAGUGCAAUAGAGCAGAUGGAUAUUGAUCAACCCCAGGAGCAUGAUGCCAUGGAGGUUGACUAUAAUCCAAAGUGGAAAUGCUCAGAUGGACUGAAAGAAUUCCAAUGCAUGAAGAGAUUUGUACCUGAUGAUGUAGAUGAAGAUCCAGAACCAUGUGUUAAAUGCCACAAUUGA